AUGGCUUCAGGAGAUACUGAUCAUAUAGAAGUGAUGGACUCUUCGGCUACUAAAAAGUCUGAUAACGCAACUGGACCUUCGGGCGCGGAAGAAGAUGAUCGAGACAAGAGCUCAAUCGCUGAGAAAAAUGCACCGUACGAUCCUGCUGUGGGCCCCUCAGGGGCGAUCAGCAAGGUCCACAAGUCGGACAGAAAGAUCGGACAUCGUCGCGUUGGCGAGGGUGGCGAGAUCACCUACAAGAAGAUCCAGUCUUCCCAAAUUAUGGGAUCUAUACAGCUUGGAAUUCAGCAUGCAAUCGGCGGGCUAGCAUCCAAACCUGAGCGCGAUCUCCUCAUGCAGGACUUCAUGACAGUGGAGACCACGAACUUUCCCCACGAAGGCUCCAACCACACGCCUGCCCAUCAUUAUUCAGAGUUCAAAUUCAAGACAUACGCUCCAAUCGCCUUCAGAUAUUUUCGCGACCUGUUCGGGAUCCAACCUGAUGAUUUCUUAAUGUCGAUGUGCAGUGCACCGCUACGUGAGCUCAGCAACCCUGGAGCGUCCGGCAGCAUCUUCUACCUAACCAACGAUGACGAAUUCAUCAUCAAGACUGUCCAGCAUAAAGAGGGAGAGUUUCUUCAAAAACUACUGCCUGGAUACUAUUUGAAUUUGGAUCAGAACCCACGUACAUUACUGCCAAAAUUCUUCGGCUUAUAUUGUUACCAGUGCAACAGCAAGAACGUACGACUCGUAGCGAUGAACAACUUGCUACCGUCGUCUAUCAAACUACAUCAGAAAUACGAUUUAAAAGGAUCCACUUAUAAACGGAAGGCGAACAAAAGUGAACGUCAGAAGACGUCGCCUACGUACAAGGACCUGGAUUUCAUGGAACAUCACACUGAAGGUCUGUUCCUUGAAGCGGACACGUACAAUGCACUCAUUAAGACCAUGCAGCGGGACUGUAGAGUGCUGGAGAGUUUUAAGAUCAUGGAUUACUCCCUCCUAGUCGGCAUACAUAACCUAGACGAAGCUCAAAGAGAGAAAACAGAGGCCAGGAAACGCACUGACUCAGGUCAGAGUGACGGUGAUGAUGCCGAGGGAGAACCACGGAAAGGACUGAAUAGGACGAGAUCUGAACAGGGCAAGGAGGAUUUCACCGCGCAAGUGAAAAGAACUCAGUCAAUAAAUCGACAGCGAUUGGUGGCUCACUCCACCGCGAUGGAGAGCAUACAGGCUGAAAGCGAGCCUAUCGAUGAAGAGGAAGAUGUGCCUCCUGGCGGCAUUCCGGCUCGGAACGCGCGUGGCGAGCGACUCCUCUUGUUCCUGGGUAUCAUCGACAUCCUACAGUCGUACAGACUGCGCAAGAAACUCGAACACACGUGGAAGAGCAUGAUACAUGACGGGGACACCGUCUCAGUACACAGACCGAGUUUCUACGCGCAGAGGUUUUUAGAUUUCAUGGCUAAAACCGUUUUCAAGAAAAUACCUUCGUCCCUGAAGCACUCGCCUUCGAAACGGAAGAGCAUCGCCAAACCGGCUAGGCCACAAGAAGAAAUUGACACGCCAGGACGUAUCUACAUCGGCAGACCGAUUAAAGAUUACAACCCUGACUUCUUAAGACAGUCGAGACUGUCGCCUAGGUCUUCAGUUAGAUCGAGCAUGAGCGAUUUUACCGACACCACCAUAUCCACGUGGAAUCAAAGGCAUCCUAGCAUACAGCCGCCGACAGAGUACCCCUCAGUCCUCUCUGACAGACUUAAAAUGGACAGAGAUAGACUAGUGACCUUCCCAAGACGUAUAGAGUUCGACACAUCGAACAUAUCUCGAGAACCAGGCACGUCUUACGGGAAUAAUGUCUACAGAACAUCCAUUCAGGAUCGAAUGGAGUCGUUAUCAGACCAGUUAACUAAAGUCUUAAGUACUGGAGCCGGGAGCUCGCAUAUCAACGGCAGCCUAGCCGACAGCGGGAUCCAGACAGACAACACAAGUACCAGCGUCCCUCAAAUAUACGUAGAAGCUCAUACAAACUUCCCAAAGAAGAAGGACGCAGCCGUUGACACGAGAAAUGAGAACAACCUUCAAGACAUACCCUUCAUAGACGACGAAGACGACGAAUCGAAAUGGAAACGACGCUCGAAUAUUCUAGAAAAACACAAAAGCACUUCAAACAUUCCAGAGAGAAUUGACGAGGUUUCGUCCAAAGAACAAUCCAAUGAGAGAUUAACGAAUAGCCUCAAUAGAGCAAAGUCACCGACUUUUGUCGAAAAAUUCAAGAAAUUCUUCGUCGAUAUUGGUUUAGUCAAAACUGAUAGCACUUUAGCUGCAGAGAACUCUAACACGUUACCAAAAAGCUUAGGUUCGAGUUAUAGAAAGAGUGCGACGCCUAGUUUAGAGGCUAGAGAAACGGCGACUUUGCCGAAAGACAUGCGAUUCCGUAAAGUACGGUCGACGCAAACUGUCUACAUCAAACCAGAAUCUCCAAUAAUGUCCGACAAAAACAUACAAAUAUCGAAACAUGUAUCAGUUGUCCAACUGAACGGCGAUGAACAUAUGAGUGUGAAAGAGAAAGAAUCGGAAACUUUCAUUAAAGAAGUUGUCUACGUAAGAAGUAUAGAAAAAGCUGAAAUAUAUUCAGGAAAAGACAGCGGUAGCACCAUUAUCAUAGUACCUCCAGCCGAUUGA